GGGGGAGAGAAGGAGAGAGCGAGGGAGAGAGAGAGUCGUAAUGGCAAGCGAGAGGCUGAGGGAAACCAUAAGCCUGGGGAAGCGGAGGCCGGUAGAAGCGGGUAGCAGAGAAGAGGAUGAAGCGGGGGUGGUGGAGAACGAGGAGGAAGAUGAGAAUAGGGAUAUCCAAGAGCUGGAGCGCGAGGUGAGCGAGAUGGGCAGCAGGAUCCUCGACGCUCGGCGGAGCAUCCCCGACCGGCUUCUCGAAGCCCUCUCCUCCCGCCUCCUUACUCAGAGGCCGGUCCUUCCUCCACAAGCCCUAAUCGGCGCUGAUGCCGGCACCACCGGAGAACUACAAGCCCCAUCUUCUGAAUCCAAUGGGGGAAACAUGCUUGCUAACGUUGAUCAAAGAUUGCUCGAGAAAUUGCUUGUUCUCAGAGCCAAAACCGAAAGCAACAUUUCUGCAGUCCCAGUAAUUCUGAAGAGAAUAAAUGACUGCAUUGUGAAGAUUGAAGAACUGGAGAAGUGCCAUGUAAACGUACAUCCUGUUUUUAAUAGAAAAUGAACAUUGUGAGGGUUUAGAUUCUCGUGUGUUGAAAACUCCAUGAUGUGGAUUUAGUGUGGCUGUGUCUCGACAGUUAGUACUACCUUGUUUACUGAUGCAAAAUAUUUCUGUUCUUUGGUAAUUUGUUUACGAAGAAUGUAACCAUGAGCCAAUG